AUGUCCAAGCCAAAAUUGUAUUAUUCUCUAUUUAGCCCACCAGCACGGGCUUGUAUGCUAACCGCUGAGUUAAUUGGACUCGAUUUGGAAUUAAUGUUAGUGAAUAUGGCGGCGAAACAGCAUCUCACACCGGAAUUUCUGGCGCUAAAUCCGCAGCAUCAAAUACCUGUGUUCGUGGAAGAGGACAAUGAGGUGUUCAUAGACAGCCAUGCGAUUAUGGCUUACAUGGUAUCUAAAUAUCACAAAAACGAUGAUAUGUAUCCCAAGGAUUUAAAGAAACGGGCGCGCGUCGAUCAUAUGCUUCAUUUUGAAAAUGGCGUACUCUUUCAAGUAAUCAAAGAUAUGGUGCGUCGCAAUAUCUACGGGGGCGAAGGUGAAUUCAACAAAACAAAUCUAGACCUCUGCGACGAUGCUUAUUCUUUUCUGGAGGCUUUCCUUGGUAAAAGUAACUUCUUUGCUAACAGCGAAACACUCACCAUUGCCGAUGUCUGCAUUAAUACGACGCUAGUUUCGCUCGAUAUGCUCAUACCAGUCAAUAAGAAUCGAUUCCCUCGACUUCAAGCUUGGAUGGAGCGCAUGAAAGUUUUGUUGCCUUCAUAUGAGGAGGUGAAUAUUAAAGGUGCGAAGGUGCUGUGCGAACGCAUUAGAAAUUGCAUGCGAGAGAACAAAGUCAAAACGGAGACCAAUAUUGAAUAUGACUAGACAUUUGUAAUUUUGAAAUUAAUGUUAUACCCCACUGGAAUUUAUUGUUCAACUCUUCUUCUAAGUUUAU